AUGGCAAGACAGAAAAGGAGUCACAGGGACGGAAGCCUAGCUCCGCCAAUUGACAAUGUGUGGCGAAAAGUCAUACGCCUACAUACAUGCAUCGUCAUCUUCGUGAACCGAGCUCAGCGCCGAGCCGCACAACCACAACGACCGCAACCACCAACCAUCAUCAUUGCCAUUCUCCGUGCUCCAACUGGCUAG